UCAGUUGAGUUCCAGCGAUCGAUGAAAUCGGAAGUGCAAAAGAUCAACAAAUACAAAAAAAAAAUAAUCAAAAAUGCAGCGAAAUUUAACGAGACUUAUCCAAAAGUCGUCAAUUUUAUCAACAAAUCAAAGAAUUUUAAUAUCCGUGAGGUCACUAGCCUCAGCACAGGACAUAUUUCAGCAUAAAAGUAAAUUUCCAACACGUCACAUUGGACCGAGAAAGACGGAUGUUGUUUCUAUGCUGGAUUUGCUUGGGUUUAAGACUCUCGAUGAGCUCACCGACAAAGUCGUUCCCAUAAAGAUCAAAUUCGAUCGCGACCUCAACAUCGAAAAGCCACUCAAUGAGCAUGAUCUUAUCAACAGAAUUCGCGCUGUAGCUCAUACAAAUGAAAUUUGGAGAUCAUACAUAGGAAUGGGAUACCACAACUGCCACGUUCCACAUCCAAUUUUGAGAAACAUCUUUGAAAAUCCUGGAUGGACUACCCAGUACACACCAUAUCAGCCAGAAAUUGCACAAGGUCGCCUUGAAUCACUUUUGAAUUAUCAAACAUUGGUGACAGAAAUGACUGGAUUGGACGUUGCCAAUGCUAGUUUACUUGAUGAAGGUACCGCUGCAGCUGAAGCUAUGAGUCUCUGCUUCCGUCACAAUAAACGCAGAAAAAUUUACUUGUCCAAUAAUCUUCAUCCACAAACUUUAUCAGUUGUUGAAACACGAUUAAGUGCACUUGACAUUGAAGUUGUUAUUGGUGACAUUGCUGAUGUUGAUUUGGCAUCUCGUGAAUAUUCAGGAAUAUUGCUGCAAUACCCAGACACGCAUGGUAAUGUUGUAGACUUUGAGAGCAUUGCUGAUGAGGCUAAGAAGAAUGGAACUUUAACCUGUGUAGCUACAGAUUUACUAGCUUUAACACUUUUAAGACCUCCAGCUGAAUUUGGAGCUGACAUUGCUGUUGGAACAUCACAAAGACUUGGAGUUCCACUUGGCUAUGGUGGACCACAUGCUGGUUUCUUCGCCUGCAAACAGAGCUUCGUUCGUCUCAUCCCAGGACGUAUGGUAGGCGUCACUCGAGAUCAAGAUGGUCAUGAGGCUUAUCGUCUCGCCCUUCAGACACGCGAACAGCACAUUCGUCGAGAUAAAGCAACAAGUAACAUUUGUACAGCACAAGCUCUUCUAGCUAAUAUGAGUGCUAUGUUUGCAAUUUAUCAUGGACCAGAAGGAUUGAAGGAAAUAGCUAAGGACAUCCAUAAUGGUGCAAUCGUGUUGAGUCAUGGACUAAAGAGAGCUGGACAUCAGCAGUUAAAUGAUGUCUUCUUUGACACAAUUCAUGUUGUACCGAAUGGAUUGACAAUUGAUGACAUUAAGGAACGAGCACAAAAUAAGAAGAUUAAUUUGAGGUAUUUGAGUGACGGAUCCAUAACAAUUGCAUUGGAUGAGACAGUCAAGCCUGGAGACAUAGAAGACUUGCUAUGGGUUUUCAAGGCUGACUCACUGUCUGACAUCCUCAACGACCCAUCAGCAUUGGACCAAAACAUUUCAAAUUCCAAAUUUAUGAGAACUUCCCCAUACUUGACACAUCCGAUCUUCCAUAAGCAUCAUAGUGAGUCAAGGAUGGUCAGGUACAUGAAGCAGCUUGAGAAUAAAGACAUAUCCUUAGUUCACUCAAUGAUUCCACUCGGUUCUUGUACAAUGAAGCUUAAUUCAACAACUGAGAUGAUUCCAUGCUCAUUCCGUCACUUUACUGACAUUCAUCCAUUCGCACCAGUUGAUCAGGCGAAAGGAUAUCAUCAAAUGUUCACAGAACUUUCCAAUGACCUGUGUGAGAUCACUGGAUAUGAUAAAAUCUCACUGCAGCCAAAUAGUGGUGCACAAGGUGAAUAUGCUGGUCUUCGUGCUAUUCGUGGUUAUCAUGAAGCUAAUGGACAUCAUCACAGGACAGUCUGCUUGAUUCCAGUCUCAGCUCAUGGAACUAAUCCAGCUAGUGCUCAAAUGGCAGGCAUGAGAGUGGAACCCAUCAAAGUUAGAGCUUCAGAUGGAACUAUUGACUUGGUCCAUUUAAAGGAAAAGGUUGAGGAAUUCAGCAAUGAAUUGUCAUGCCUGAUGCUGACAUAUCCAUCAACUAAUGGCAUUUUUGAGGAUCAUGUUGCUGAUGUUUGUGAUUUAAUUCAUAAGCAUGGCGGUCAAGUGUACUUGGAUGGUGCUAAUAUGAAUGCACAGGUUGGACUGUGUAGACCUGGUGACUAUGGAUCUGAUGUUUCACAUUUGAAUCUACAUAAGACUUUCUGUAUCCCACAUGGUGGUGGUGGACCUGGUUGCGGACCGAUUGGAGUUAAGAAGCAUUUAGCACCAUUUUUGCCAUCACAUCCAGUUGUUGACAUUUUCCAUGAACUUGAAGAUAACCAAAGCUUUGGAACUAUUUCAGCUGCUCCUUAUGGAUCUUCAAUGAUUUUGCCAAUUUCAUGGGCUUAUAUAAAACUGAUGGGCGGUCGUGGUCUUCGUCGUGCCACACAAGUAGCCAUCCUCAAUGCCAACUACAUGUCUAAAAAGCUCGAACCAUACUUCAAGACCCUGUAUGUAGAUCCAUCAUCACAGCUUGUUGCUCAUGAAUUCAUCCUUGACAUCCGCGAGUUCAAAAAGACAGCAAACAUUGAGGCUGUUGACAUUGCUAAACGUCUUAUGGACUAUGGCUUUCAUGCACCAACCAUGUCAUGGCCAGUUCAAGGUACUUUGAUGAUUGAGCCAACAGAAUCUGAGGAUAAGGAAGAACUUGACAGAUUCUGUGAAGCUUUGGUGACAAUAAGACAAGAAAUUCGAGACAUUGAGGAAGGCAAAAUGGACAUAAAGAUAAAUCCAUUAAAGAUGUCGCCACACACACAGUUCCAGGUUGUAAACUCUGAAUGGAACCGACCAUAUUCAAGGGAGCAAGCUGCUUUCCCUGCUCCAUUCGUAAGACCUGACUCAAAGGUGUGGCCAACAGUUGCUAGAAUUGAUGAUGCUUAUGGUGACAAGCAUUUGGUGUGCACAUGUCCACCAAUCCUUCCAGAUUUAUACACAUAAAUGCCACUUCUGUAAUUUUUGACUGUAGAAUUAAGUUUUCAAGAAAAUAAAAAAAAAUAAAUUUUUAUAAAAUAUUA